CAGGACUAGUGGCCCGUUUUUUUUGCUUGCAUGAGAGGGCAGAAUUGAUACAUCAAAUGGGUGGACUUUGAAACGAAUUUUGUUUUGUUCACCAUUUAGCACGUUUCGACUAACGACGGACGAGACGGUCUGCCUGCGGUGCGCUUUAAAAAGGCGUAGACUACCGGCCACCGACUGGGUGGUGCGCACAGUCGGGAAGAUACGUUUGCCGGCUCAAUAUUCAAUCAGGGACACUGUGCAUGCCGUCACCGAUCAAUACACAGAGAGAGUGUGUGUGUGUCCAGUCCAUUUAGUGCGCCUGCAAACGAAGCAGCAGCUGCAGCAUUCGCGAAGUGUUCGCUCCACUAUCGGUACACUCUGUUUGCCGAGAUAUCUAAACCCAAUAAAAGUCUGCUUUUGCCAUUCGCACGCUCUAAUUGCUGCGCGCCGCCGUUUCACACGUUGUUCUACAACAGACGCAGCAGCAGCAGCAGCGACCACGUGCGCGCGCGCUCUCUCAUCUUCGUGCGUAGUGCAGCAACCGGUUCCGCUUGGGGCGAGGGGCGCUACGGGAUGAACGUGACGGAAGAAUCCAUUUCUCCGGCAGAAACAUUCGACUGCCGGAACUAUUUGCCACCGUUGAAGCUUUACUAUGCGGAAUACAUCAUCCCGCUGAGCUUAUCGCUAACCGUUGGCUGCAUCGUUUGGCUAUGGGUAACGUUCGUGUUUGUAAAAGUAAUCAAGCUCAUCAGACGCCAAACAGAGAAGGGCCAGGUGAUGGUGCUAAUCAUCGCGAAUACGGUUUAUUUUACGGUGGUAACGUUCAACGUGGUGGCGCUCCUGGUGCCGCACGUGGCCGUCGUUUGCGACAUUGUACCGUUCGUGGCCUUUUGCUGGUGUAUUUUGGUGUUCUUUCGCUACCUGAAGGAGUCGGUGGGCGGCGAUUCAAUCAUUAUGGGCCUGUACGAGUCGAAAGCGCUCGAUCCGCCGAAGGUGUGUCCCUGCUUCCGGUUUAUCUACGACAGAAAACGCCAGCUUCGAGCGAUCCGGUUCGGCAUUCUGCAGCUGCCCAUUUACAACAGCGUCGUGGCCAGCAUACAGCUGCUCAUUUUCUCCUACGAUAAGGAUUUGUUUUUUGAUGCCUUCUACAUCAUUCUACCAUUCAUCAUAACGUCGAUCGUGUUUUACGUCGGAUCGUCGGUAUCGUUCAUCAAAACGGUCGCCCCACUCUAUCCGGACAAUCCGAUCUUUAAACGAUUCUUCCUGCUGCAGUUGGUGCUAAUUAUUACCAAACCGCAGAUCAUUAUACUGGAGCUCAUCUACAAUCUGUCCACCUUCGAAUGUACCUUGGCCGGCGAGCCGAAAGUGUACAUAAAUAUUAUCAAACAGCUAGUAAUUUUGCUCGAAAUAGCAGCGGUGACGAUCUGCUCGUACAAAUUCUACACCGGCCAGGAACCGGCGGCCGCUGUUGAAAAGACUGGAGUGAACAAUACCGGCUACGAGGCUUAACAGAAAGCUUGUGGACGGUGAAUCGUGAACAAGUAAACGUGCUACCAGCUAAGCAGUUAGCAGAUGAUUUUACCUACCUGUAAUGUUAAUAAUUAAUUUAUUAAAUUGAGCAGUAAGGCCAAGUGAGGUGCAGUAGAGGAGAGCAUGAGCAAAUACAAAUAAGUAUUAGAUUCCCGCCCCCAGCAAAACGAGCCUCUCGCGUUAGGAGAGUUAAAACUGUCACUUAGACUGUAAUCCAAUUCAAACAACACGUUUGAAGAGAUGCUUCAGGGCGCAGCGUAAUGAUCUGUUAGCUUCUCAUCAUUUGCUUCUGAAGGGGAAUCCUCGCCAACGCAAACGGACGACUUUAAAUAAACCCCAUGGUGAACAAAUAAA